UGUUAGUGAAGAUCAGAUUCGAUCUGGCGAGUUGAGGUCAUCAUGGCAUCAGAAAGGACCUCGGAUGACCCGGUUGUGGAGCGUGGUUCCCUCCCACUGGACAUCGACGAUGUUCAUGUACUGCUUCAAGUGGAGCAGGAACAGAUUCAGAAGAGAACCUUCACCAACUGGGUGAAUGCUCAGUUAUCAAAGAGGAGGCCUCCAGUGGCCGUGUUGGACCUGUUCAACGAUUUCAGAGAUGGAUCCAGACUACUGGACCUUCUGGAGGUGAUGUGCUGCCAGAGGAUGAGUCGAGAGAAAGGCAGAGGUGUGUUCCAGCACAGGACGAACAUCGAGAAAGCCCUGGCCUUCCUGAGGGGGAAAUCAAUCAAACUGGUUAACAUCAAUGUGCCUGACAUCAUGGACGGCAAACCCUCCAUCAUCCUAGGGCUGAUCUGGACCAUCAUCAUGCACUUCCAUAUAGAGGAGUUGGCGAGCACACUGUCCUUCAGUUCUCGCCAGUCUUCCCUGGAGUCGUUGGCCAGUCUGGACACGCGCUCAACAAACAGCAGUGCACGCAGCAGUCCAGUGCCACCGCGCGGGUCACCGCUACACACACGCUUCAGGAUCUCAGCUAAAAAAGCCCUGCUGCUCUGGGUCAGAGAGCAGUGCCACAAGGCCGGCUGUACUCUGAACGUGAAGGACUUUAAGGGGAGUUGGAGGAGUGGCGUGGUGUUCCUGGCCAUCCUCUGUGCUCUGAGACCGGACGUGGUGAGCUUAUCCAAAGCCAGAACCCGAAGCAACAGACAGAACCUGGAAGAGGCGUUCCAUAUCGCUGAGAGAGAGUUACAUAUACCCCGAUUACUGGAUGCAGCAGAUGUUGACGUGAGAGACCCAGAUGAGAAGUCCAUAAUGACGUAUGUGGCUCAGUUUCUACAGUACACCAAAGACACACCAGCUUCCGAGGAGGACAUGCAGGUUCAGUAUCUCACUCCUACUGCGUGUCUCUCUCCGGUCAAUCUGCCCUGUAACUUCACUCCUGCUGUUGCAGCCUCUCCAAUCCGACAGACCUCGGCUACUCAGAAAGUCCAGGAGGUGACAUGUUGGCUGGAGCAGGCCUAUCAGGAGCUGCUGGAGGGAUGGGAGUCCACAGAGGGAGAGAGCUACGCUGAGAGAUACCACGUGUUCCAGACUUUUGUGGUGUCCUUUAAUGAACAGCGGCGACCCGUGAUGCCAUUACUGACCGCCAUGAAGAGGACGAUGAAGCUGAGUGAGGAGCAGCGAGCUCUCCGACUUGCCUGGGAUUCCCUGGCUGAAAAGCUGCGUGAGUAUAAGACGGAGCUAGACCUGAGUAUGCCCUCUCCUCUGGACAUGGUGGGCCGCUGGUUACUGAGGGCUGAGGAGGCCUUGGCAGAUGGUGAUGAUAAUCGUCAAGACCAUGCCAGAGCUGCUCAGGAGGCCCGAGAGAAACACGAACUGUUUAAGUCAUGUCUAGAGGAGAUGCCUCGUCACAUGAAGACGUUCCAGAUAUUCCAGAAUAAGGAUGAGUACGGAGAAAUGGUGGUUCCUUCAGACAAACUGGAGGAGAUAAAGAGAAGGUUCACUACUGUGCGAGUCAGUGCUAAAUAUCAUGGUAUUAGACUGGAAUACCAGGAGCUCAGACACACAGCGCUAGAUCUGCUGGCUCAGCUUAACUUCAAGCUACGCACUUGGAAAAGAGGAUACAUUUCCCAGGAGGCUGUGCGGAUCCUUCUGAAGGACUGGAAUGAGGUUGUCAACAAGCAGGGACUUCCCUCUAUGCUGGAUAGAACUGUAUGCAAGCUCAGACACAUUGCUAACAAAUACACCAGCAAGUCUGCUCUGGCAGGUGACUCAAACCGUGUAAGUAAUCAGAUGAAGGAUAUGGAGGCAGAGACUACAGCAAUACUUGAGGAGGUGAGGAUGGUAAAAGGCACUAUAUCACGCACGCUAACAGCUUGGGACUCCUACUGUGACACCUACACCUCAUUACACGCCUGGCUGGAGCAGGGAACUCAGACAAACAGACACGGGCAGCGAGCUGAAGUGACGAUAGAGAUGAUGUCCGAGUGGAGCUCUUGUAGGGAGCGUCUGAACGAAGUUGGAAACUACCUGAUGGAUGUCACGGAUCCACAGACCAGCCGAUCGGUUUCUGACAAUCUCUGCAGGAUUAACCUGAUGUGGGCUGAUUUUGUCAGAAGAACCCAGUUUGAACUUGUUGAAGAACAGAGUGUAACUGCUCAGACUCUCCAAGGUUUGAUUAGAGAGGCCACGCAACUUCUGAAGGAACCGGUGGAGGUGCUUUCAGGAUCGCUUCAAACAUACAGGAAGAGACUGCAGUUCAUGAUGAAGAAAGUACAGGAUAUCGAUCUGGACUCUCUCUCUCCGUCACUUGAGUGCUCAGCUGAAACCCUAAGCAAGAUCAAGCAGGCCAUUCCAGAGGUGCUGCGGACACUCAGUGAGGCCAUACAAGUGUGUGAAGAGUUGCAACAAACCGUGUCAAGCCUGGAUGGUCGUCUGGCCGAACUUAUACACUGGGAGGCUGAAGUCAGAGAAUUUUAUGAGCUCCUAAAGGACAAAUCCCACCGACAGCAAAGAGAGCAAGACUCAAGGACCCGGUCCCUGAUUUCUAGAGGUCUGCAGCUAGAAGGCCAGGUGGUGAUGGAGGAGCAGGAUCUGCAGGAGAUGGUGAUGUCACGUCAGAAGAACUCACCUCUUCAGUACCUCAUUGCCUCUACCAUGCAGGACAGAGUUCGUGCCACUGUCGCACAAUCACAGGAAGCCGUUGGGAUGCUCAGCUCCUUGGGCAUUCGCAGAGAUCGAAGCCCUACAGGACAUCAGCCUCCUCAAAAGGUCUUCGUGCAAGAACAAGUGGUUACAAAACCUGAAACAAAGCCUCAGCCAGUGCCUAUGAUUGUUGUGCAGGAAUACCAAGAAGGGAAGAGUCAAAUGCAAGAAGUAACAAAAUCACAGUUAAGGAAAGAAUCAGUGGCAUCAGUUCCACUUCACAGUAAAUCUGAAGUCUAUGCACAGCAACAGGUUCUGUCUGAUGUCAAGGCACAGGGUAAUCUGGUAGAUGUUGUAGCCUUGGGGGAACCAAAGAGACAAUUAAAAGGUGAUACCAAAGAAACAAUGGAAUCUCAGUCACAUAACCUGGAUACGAAACAAAUACAAGAGCAAAUGGAGCAAGCACCUCUGACUGUGCAACAGGAACCAACACAACCGCAGAAGCAAUUGGACUCUCAGCAGCAAACGCUGGGUCAGCAGCAGCAGGUGCAAAUACAGAAACAAGGUGCAAGCCAACAGCAAACCGUAUUCCAACAGUCGGUAAAGGUGAAAAAGUCUCAGAAAUGUGCUGAGAACAGACCUUGGCUACAUCAGAAGGCCCAAGCAGAGGGUAAACAAAGUUCAGAAGUACGACCACAGCCCCAGGCUAUUGCCACUGCUGUGUCUCAAGCUUCAGAAUCUACAGCAGACCCAGUCCAGGCACAAGUGAAAGUGACUUGGAUCCACCAACAGCAGCCUGCCAUUGUUACGACCAGUGUUGCUUCUCAGGCUCAAGUUCCUACAACAGACGCAAACCAAGUUCAAGGCAAGAAGGUUACACAGACACAAGCCAAAGUGACCCAAGCCCAGCAACAACAGUCUGUGCUGCAAGCCAAAAUGACUCAAGCCCAGCGCCAGCAGCCUAUGACUGUUGUUGCCAGUGUCGCAUCUCAACAUACAGUAUCUGCAACAGACUCAAUUCAGUCUGAACCCAAAAGUGUUAUACAGACAAAAUUCCAAGUGUCUCAAGUACAGCAACAACAAUCUGUGAUGCAAGUGACACAAGCCAAAGUGGGUCAAGUCCACCAACAGCAGCCUGUAACACAAGCUAAAUUGGGUCAAGUCCACCAAAAACUCCCUGUCUCCCAUAUGCUAGCAAAAGAACAAGUACCAGCUAUUGUGCCUGUUACUUCUCAGGCUUUGACUAUCCAACAACAUCCACAACCAUUCACACCCCACACAUUUACUCAGCCACUGAAAAAAACAUCUGAGACGCAACCACCAGGCAUGACUCAAAUGCAACGACCAGUCAUGGCUCAGACUCAAUUUCCAGUUAUGUCUGAAACUUACCAAUAUCUGCCAGCCAUAGGGAAAGAAAGUCAAACAACGAUACAUUCCCCAACACCAAUUCAACCUCAAAUAAUGACCCAAAGGCAGCCACACCCAGUUGCUGCCCGGUCUCCACCCCAGCAAGUAAUAUCUGACAAUCAAUCUCAUAGUGUUAGUGUUAUACCAGCCAAGCCCAAAAGUACUGCUCCUAUACAACCACGCAUAAUCAGUAUGCCACAGAGUCAACCAGAAUUUUAUAAACCACCUCAGUCCCCACCUCAAAUUAUGGGUAUGGGUCAAACUUAUGACAACAUUCAGCUAAGACCACAACCCCACCUCCAGCAACCUCAGUGGAGACCCAUCAUGCCUGACAUUAUGACACAGAGUUAUAAUGAGGUCCCCCGCCAGGGUUUCAUGCCAUCACACAUGCCACCCCAGGUGCAAUUUCAGGCCCAUUCACAGUCACAAAGUCAAGCACAAACUCAAGCACAGCCUCAGCAAUGGGUGCCAUUAAGAGGAGGUCUGAUGACACAGACUUACCCCAGUGUCCAGGGCUCAGGUCAUGUGCUUCCUUAUACUCAGUCUCAAGGUUACCCCAGUCCUCAGCCACAGAGUCAACAGUGGGGCCAAUUCCAGUUUGAACCCACAGUGCAGCCUUAUUCACAAGUAAGCCCUCAAAGCCCAGUUCAGUCAUUUGUUUCAUCACAGCACUGGCAACCUGUCAGGCAGUCUAACAUGGUCAGCCACAAUUACCCAAGGCUUCAAAUGUCUGAAUACCCACAGGUCACUCAGAAACCACAGAGCCCUCCUCAGGAAUGGACUAUGCAACCAGAGCCACAAUCUCAAUUUAAGUUUCUGAAAAUGGUUCCUCAACCAGUGGCCCACACAUCUUGGGUCCAACCACCAUCCCAAGCCCCAGUAAGACCUCAAGGUCCUGCUCCCCAAAGUCAACAGCAGCAGUGGCCACAAAACAGGCCUGAGGUUUCAUUUCAAUUCCAGAUUCAGAGCCAAACUUUGCAGUCACAGCCUCAGCUCCAUGUUUUGCAAAAGCCACAGUCGCCAAAUCAGGAGCGACCCCAACAUCAGUCAGUUGCUCAGGUCAAACCUCCAGGCCUGAGUUCUGUAAGACCACAAGGUCCUGCUCCACAGCAGCCCCCAACUCAGCAGAAACAAUGGCCACAAUACAGGACUGAGCCUCCAUUUCAAGUUCAAACUCAGAGCCAAACAAUGCAAUCACAGCCUCAGCUCCAAGUUUUACAAAAGCCACAGUCCCCAGAGCAGGAGCAACCCCAACAGCACACGGCUGCUCUGGUCAGACCUACAGCCCAGGCCGAGGCUCCUCCACAGGUCUAUUUAGAAGCCUACACAAAAGCAGAGGCACUUGCAAAGAACAAGCUUGAGGAUGCCAAGCAUUGUCUUCAAGAGCAUGUUCUAGAGACUUUCAAGGGCAAGAGAAUAACUCAGGAGCAGAAAUCUCUGGAUCUUGAGCUCCUGAAGGAAUUCCUGAGGGCUGUACAAGGAAUGGAGGCUUUCUGCACCCCAUCUCAGCUCAGAGAAAUGGAGCUCUUUACUCAGUCUGUCAGAACUCAGUGGGAGGCCUGCUUUUCUACUGAGAGCAGUCUAGUUCCGUCUGAACAGCAGCUGGAGGCCCUGAAGCAGCUGUGUGAGAUAUUGAGUCCUGAAGAUGCCAACAGACUGGCACAGGCUCAGCUCCAGGAACGUGAGUCAGCACUCCAGUCAACAGACUGUGGUGUGCUUGUAGAGCAGACAAAAGAGACAUCUCCACAGAAAACUGCUCUUCCAGAGAAACCUGUGGAAAUCACUGCUCAGACCUCUCCAGUCAUAGCUCAAAGGCCAAAAACAGUGGAGAAGAAAGAGAUACUAAAGCAGAUUAGCACAGAGGAGGACAGGUACCGAAGCUCCAGGUUUGCCCUGCAAGCUCAGCUGAAUAGGAACGAGCAGAACAUGCUUGGAGAUCGCCCCUCCGGGUCGGCCACGGCCACAGACCUACAAAAGAGACUCAGAGAGCUGAAGGCUUUGCAGGAUGAGACGGAAUCUUUAUGGUCAGAGUACGAGGUGCAGUGCUCCCAGUGUUCUCAGGUCAAUGAGAGAGCAGUGGAGCAGGACCUAGCCGAGCUCAUGGUCAAGUGGAGGGAGCAGAGAGCGCAGCUACAGAGGAGGGUGGAUUCUCUUGGUUCGGCUCUGGAGCUCAUGGAUUCCAUUGAGCACCACAUUGCAGAAAUUUCCGAGCGUCUCGACAAGUUCAUCAAGGAGCCAAAAGAUGUUAAAGGAUACAUGCUGAUCAAUGCAAACAUCCUGAAGGAUGUAAAGGACUUGGAUGAGGGUAUCCAAACGCAGAUGGACCGCCUCUCUCGGUUUGACUCAGAACCGAGCCACCUGGACCUACGUGACCGCUCUCCCCUCACUCAGCUGGUGCUGAAGCACCGAUCCAGCCUGGAUCGUCUCCGGCAGCAAGUGCGCAAGAGCGAGGCGGCAGCUCGCGCCCUGGACCGCUUCCUUGUAUCGCUGCACACUUUGGAUCAGGAUGUCUUGUUUGUGCAGAGCGUCCCCUCGGCUGAUGUGACGGCACUGCAAGACAGCAGGACCAAGCUAGGUCUGAUCAGGAAGGGAGCGGCAAGCCUAAGCGAUAAAGCACCACAGCUGGACCAGCUCCUUGGAGGAGCCCAGAUGGCGGUUACCCAAGAGGGAAACUCUGUGACCUGUCUGGAUAUGGUAGCCGUCCUGGUGCGGAAAGUGGAGGACGUCGAUGACAAGCUCAUUAUCCGGCAGGACGAACUUCAGCAAGAGCAGCAGAGCAAAGGGCUCAGGAUGAGGAAGAAGACUCUGCUGGCGGAGCUGAGGAAGGUGCAGGGGGUGGCAGAGAAGCAGGGGCUGAAGGAGCCCACCAUGCCGGCUGUGCAGCACAGGAUUCGUGCCUUGUCAGAUCUGGAGACACAGAUGAACUCUCUCCGUCCAGAGUAUGAGAGUAUCAGAGAAACGACUUUGAAGCUUUCUCCAAACAUAGAGCAGCGUGAUGAGAUGGAGAUCUUUUGGGAGGAGACAGAGAGAGCUGUUUCUGAAAGGCAAGAGCAGUGCAGCACUCUGAUGGAACUGCUGAAGAAGUUUCAGAGCUGUCGUGCUAGCCUUGGCAGCAUCCUCCAGACUGCAGAGCAAACCAUCAGCGAGCAGGCGUCCUACAUGAGUAAAGACAACCUCCAACGCCUAAUAGCCAGGGUGUGUGGGAUAAAGGAGGACCUGAAUGGCCUCGGACCUAAGAUCGAGCAGUUCAGGGCUGUGUGCAGGCAGCUGCAGUCUCAGCUAAAGAAACUCCCAGAUUGCUCAGAAACUCCAUUUGAAGCCGAGGCUGACGCUCUGGUCGACUCCUGGCUGGAUGUCUCAGAGAAGACAGACAGCUACCUGGACAGCCUGCGCAUGGGUUUGGAGGUGUGGGAGAAGCAGCUGAUGCUCGGUGAAGAGUUAGAGGUUUGGGCUACGGCUAAACUGAGUCUUUUUGCAGAGUCUCACCCGUUCAGCAGCGAGAAAGAGGUCUUCGAAAUGAAGGAUGAAAUCCAGACACAGGAACACAGCAUCGAACAGUUUCGCAGGAAGUCACUGGAGAUCCAGGAGCUGCUGCAGAGCAAAGAGGCUCCACUGGAGCUACAGGUCAUGGAGACUGCUCUGAAGAAGAAGAUGGAGCAGGUGAAGGAGCUUUUCGACAGCUGCACUGAAGUCUUCCGAGAGCUGCUGAGCGUGCGAGCGCACCUACUACAGAGGACUGAGGCGUGUCAAACAGCCAUCCAUAGAAUACACUCCUCAGUGAGAAUGCUCUGUGCAGACAGCAGAGAGCAGCUACAGGAUCUUUCGGAUCAGUUGCUGGAUCAAGAAGAAGAGGCUGACUCUCUGAUGAAGGAAGUUGAACUCAUGUCCAGUGUGACUUCACCGCAGGCCUUAGAGGAACUGUCCAAUAAAUGCAAGCGCCUCAAAAAUAAAAUCGCAGUGACUCGGGAGUUCAUCGGUCAAAAGAAAGAACAGGGAGAGAAAAGCGUUCUUGUCCAGUCAAUUAAAGAUGAGUGCCAGAUGUUUGAGGACUGGCUGCAGGACACACAGCUUGGAGUCAAUGAGUGUUUCGAGAACCCAGAGACGAGAGUGGACGUGGAGGCGUCCAUGCAGAGACUACAAGAUUUUCUCGCUUCUGAAGAAGGGGAUCAGCGACUUGCCCAAGUGAAAAAGGCUUUGGAGAAGAGAGGUCAGGAGGAAAUUCCUCCCGAAACCCAGGCUGAACUCUGUGCCUGGCAGCAGGAGCAGGAAGGAGAGCUGACCACACUGCAGGCUCACUGCCAGGGACGCCACAAACAGCUGGAGGACAUCCUCAUCAAGCUCAACAGCUUGCAAGUGGAACAUGACCAUUUCCAAGACUGGCUGCGGCAGAGAGAGAAGCUACCGGUGCAGCGGGAAAAGUUGAGACAAGUCCAUGAGGAUUUUCUUACAGAAAGCGGACGCAUUGAGGCGUUCAGUGACUUGCUAGCUUCUGUAAGAUUGAAAGGAUUAAGAGGAGACCCCGUGCUCAAAGACAGCGAGUCACUGGUGGAUCAGUACCACAGUCUUGGAGUUCGUCUGGACACUCAGUCUGAAAUCUAUAAAUCUUUGGAGAAGGAGGUAGAAAUAUUCCAUAUUAAUGAGGAAAACACCAGGACAUGGGUGAAAAACUUGAAGCAGUGUCUGGAAGCAUUGGACAAGGACAGUCCAACGGAGGAAAGGCUCCUGAAGGCUCAGGCUGUUUUAGACCUACGUGUCGAGGGUGACUCCAAGAUAGCAGUUUUAAAGGUGGAUGGCGAGAGCUUGUGUGCUCGUGAAGAGUUGGAUGAAAGCGCACGACAGGAACUGAUCGGGACCCUGAGGAAUAUAGAUGACGAAUGGCAAAGAGUUCUGGAUUCGGCUCAGCAGCUUGAAGUGCAGGCUAAGCUCCAGCAAACUCUCCUGAAGGAACUGGAAGCUCUCCAGGAUGAGGAGAAGAAUACCCGGUCAUGGGUGGAUGAACAAAUGCGAAAGCUGGACUUCCUGGACGAAGAGACUCCAAUACAGGAAAGACACGACAAGCUGCAGGAGGUCCUGAGUCUGAAACAUGAAGGCGAUGCAAAACUGAAAGCUCUCAGAAAAAAAGGAGAGAGCAUAUGUGCUCAUAAUGAGAGGAAGAGACACAGCAUUGAACAAAGCCAAAGAGAGCUGGAGGAGGAGUGGACAAGGGUUCUGCAGACUGCACGGGAGAUGAAGAACCAGAUCGAGCGUGAAGAUUUUCUCUCCAAGGAGCUAAAGAACUUCCAAGAUCAGCUGGAAAGAACACAGGCUUGGAUUAGAGAGCUGAAAAUGACCCUGAGGUCCAUGGAUAAAGCCACUCCAGCUGAGGAGAUAAUCAACCAAGUUCAGACAGUUCUGGUCCAUGGUCCAGAGGGUGACUCAAAACUCGCCGCCCUUAAGCAUACAGGCGACCGUGUGUGUACUCGUGAAGGGCUUAAAGAAGACACUAUGCAGUCCAUCCAUGAGACUCAGGGAGUUUUAGAACAAGAAUGGAGAGAAGUGCUAGAUUUUGCGCAAAUCCUGAGGAACAACACGGAAAUCCAGGUCGCUCUUGAUAAAGAGCUUGAGGAUUUUAAUUCCCAAGAAGAAGUCUUCCGAACCUGGGUCACAGAGCUGCAGGAGCGGUUUGAAUCACUUGACAAAGAUGCUUCUCUCCUUGAGAUACUUGAUACAUCACAGACCGUGCUGAACUUGCAGCCAGAGGCAGACUUGAAGAUGGCAGCUCUGAACAGUAAAGGAGAGAAUCUGUGCACAAAGCUAGAUGAAAGCAGGAAGGAAUCCAUCCAGCAGACACUCCGGGAUGUCCAGGAGAAACUGAGAAUGUUGAUGGAAAUGGCCAGAGAGCACAAAAAUCAGGCAGAGCUUCAGGAUUCUCUCUCUAAGGAGCUUCAAAUGUUCCUAUCUGAGGAGAAGAUGACUCAGUCCUGGGUUGAAGAGUUAAAGCAAGACUUGGUUUCAUUGGGCAGAAGCACCCAUGGAACGCAAGAACAGAUAGAGGAAAGGCUCAACAAAGCUCAAGCUGUUCUGAGCCUUCGACCUGAAGGAAACUGCAAAAUGUCCACACUAAAAAGAAAAGCAGAGAGUCUGUUUGCUCGGGAAGAUCUCAGUGAGCAUAUGAGACGCACCCUUGUGCAGAACCUGAAGUCCUUAGAAGAAGAAUGGAAAGGAGUUCUCCAGAACGCUCAAGAGCUGCACAGUCUCUUGAGGAGCGUUGUGGAGCGUCUGGUUUCAUGUCAGUGCCAAAGACAGCAGACCCAGUCACGAGUGGAGCAGCUGAAGCAGCAGAUAGCAGCGCUGCCUCGCCACUUCCCCUGGCCGGGAUUAGGGGACCGCAGGCAUGCAGUGGAGCAGGCUAUGGCUCUUCUAGACAAGGCGAGAUCUCUGAGCCCUACUCUGUCCGCUCUCAGAGCCCUGGGUCGAGAGAUGAGCCAGCUCACACGGGACCCGAGCUGGACGGAUCCAUCUUGGGCGGCCAUGGAGGAGUGUGUCCCUGGGUUAAUCAAAGACUUAAUGGAAUUGUGUGAGAGCUUAGAGGAGGGCAUUUGCACAGAACGAAACUGUGUUCAGCUGGUGGAGCAGCACAGCGCCGCGCAGGACUGGCUGAGAGAGCAAGUCAAAGGUUUUGGACCUCUGCCCAGUGACCGCCAUGGGUUACAGGGAUCUAUUAACACUUUAAAGGCUCUUCUUCGGACAGUGGAGAGGGAAGAGAGAGAGAUGAGAGAGCUAGACACGGCUAAAGACGCCCUGAUCCACUUGUGCACUCCAGGGGGUCGCGAUGCUCUGACCUUAGAAACCGGCCAUCUCUGUGACCUUUGCGCCGCCUCUGAGAAGGAAAUAAAGGAGAGGCUUGUUGUGUGUGAGACUAGGUUGGCUGACAUCGAAUUGAAACUAGCUGAAAGAGCAGAGAGUUUUAGAGCACAGGCUGAGUCCAUUCUGAAUGAUCUCAGAGCACAGGAAUGUCUGGGGUUUGUUGAAGGAAGCAAGAAUAUUAGCCAACUGGAGAAAAACUGGAAUAUCCUGAAGACUUGUGAAAAGGAGCUUGUGGAAAUAGAGGGCAAAGUUCGUGAUCUGGGCCAGGGUAUUUGCCUGGUUCCCCCUGAUGAGGCUCUUCCUUCUAAUGUCACUUCUCUAGUAGACACAGUGACCCAGCAGUACUGCAGACUGCAGUCCAAGCUGUCCGAGCGACAGGACGACUGUGCCGAUAGCGUAGUGCACGGUAUGAGAGAUACACUGCAGGCCCUUCGUUCCUGGACCCAAACAACAGACACGAAAACCUUCUCCGACUCAGCAUGCACCAUUCAGGCAAUGAUAGAGGAAGGUGCAGUGCUGCAUAAGAACCUGCAGGAGGCAGUGUCUCAUAAGCAGCUGCUCAGGGACUGUCUGGGUCAGGAACUCAGCGACAAACUGGAGAGAGACACAUCAAACGCAUUAAAGGAUGCAGACACGCUCAUUAACCAGCUUCAGGAAAGGCUGCAGGAUCUUGAGGAGGAGAGGAUGAAAAGUAAAGCCCUUACAAUGUCACUGGAAACACAAACCCAUCAUUUAGUCUCAGAGGUUUCCUGUGAAUGGCCCAGCACACUGGAUACCACCACAAAGGUUGAGCUUAACUGGUCAAAGCUUCAAGAUAUUUCCUCUACCCCAGUGGGCAGUACUGAAGUUUCAGUGGUUGAGCCUUUUGAGGUAGUGCAUAGAAAUGUUAUGUCAAUUAUUAAAGAAACCCCAGCCAAGUCAGAACAACCACUGGAAACUUUAGUGCAAGAUGAUAAUCCGUCAGAGGCCAUCCUGGCUAUGAUGCUCAAACCAAAAUCAGGAGUCAGUGAGGUUUCCAUGACAGUUAAUGAAGAGUUGUUGCCAGAACCAACACUGGUGUCUGUAGUAGAUGAGUACGGAGCUGAAUUCAGAACCUAUGAUCUGCUAACCACAACACUGGCUACAAGUGCUAAACGAGAAGAGUCCACUGAUCUCACUAGGUCUGAAUCUCAUUAUGCUGAUAUUCAUGUUUCAGAGUGUGUUACAGAGAGAAUAAAGCCAUCUGAGAAAUUAGAGGAAAGAGAACUUCCACUUAACACCACUGUCUCCACAGUCAUGGACAGAGAUUUCACUGAAGAGAUUUCAGAAGAGAUAGACUUUCCAACAGCAGACUGGUCGCUGACAGCACUACAUUUCGACCAAAGUAAACUUAAAAUUGCCAGCUUAUCUCCCUCAGCUUUGGCUGUGCAGUCUGACAUAGUACACGAAGUUGAUGAAUCUGCCAUUGGUCCAGCAAAAAGUGAAGGAAAAAUCGAGAUGGAGAUGAAAGUAAGGGAAAAGAUUCAAACUGCCUUGUGUGAAGAAGUCCAUGAUGAAGAGACAUGCUUGGAAAGAAAACCAGAGGAAUCAAGUGAACCUGACAAGUGUACGAUAUAUGCUCAGAGUCUUGAGCAAAAACCUGAUGCAGGUGAGGAUGCAAAUAGGAAGCGGUCAUUUACUUCUGAUAUCUGUGAUCUUAUUAGCGAGGAAGGUAAAAUGCCACAAAAGAAAAUAGCUGCAUUGAUUCUUGAUACAGACACAGUACAUAUUCAUACUACUGAGAUCCCAGGCUCAACUGACCCGAAUGCAGGGAGAAUUGAUUCAGCUUCACACACUGGUCAUGAUAGCUCUUUGCCUCAACAAGUGGAAACAUUGGAUAUGUCAGAUGAGAUGAGAAAACCAUUUGACAGUCAUACCACUCUGGAUCAACAAGCAUUGGAAAAAGUUGUGAAUGCUGUUGAUUCCACUAAAUCAAGUCAACCUCCUGGAGAAAACAUUGAUAGAACUUUACAAACAACUGAAACAGGAAACAGUGAACCAAAUGCUGAGAGAGAAGGAACCUGGACAACAAGCAAUGGACCACAGGAGGUCCAAAGAGUGAUGGAACCACUUGAUCUCUGGACUGUGGAUAAUGGCCCUCGAGAGACCCAACGUAGAUACAUGAUUCUGGAAAGACACGGGGGACUUGAGAUACGUCAAGAGCCAGCUGCUGAGACAAAUGUGCUGCCACUGGAUACUGCCACAAGUGAACUUGGUGGAGUAGAAACAAACGUUUCUAAACUUCAGGGUAUGGAAAACAUUGAACAGGAAGUUGGUAAAGAGUCAGUGUCAGCUGAGGCCAGCGAGAAAGUAACCUGGAAUGCUAGGAAGCAGUCAGAGACAUCAGAGAUCAUGGGGGCAUUACCAGCUCCACCAGCUAGAAGGAAACUAGAAAGGUUGUCCUGUAGUAGUGAAGACAAUCUAGUGGAAGAUGUGGAUAAGGAAACUGUGAAAGCUGAAACUAAACCAACCCCACCAAUCAGACGAUCUAAGGAAAUGGAAAGUUUGUCCAUUGAUUCAGAGGUCCAGUCUGAACAAGCACAUUUUCCUGUACCAACCAUUCAACAAUACACACUUCAGGAAAUCCGGUUGCCACCUGCAGAGGUUCUUCACACUCCACCAAACAUGAGACAUAAGGAGAGGUUAGGAGAGGAAAGGCUGUCACUGGACCUUGAUUCUCCUACCACACCAGAAAGAAGGCAAAAAGAGAGGGCAGAGCAUCAACAACCUGAACUGGAGAAGACCAGUAAAACAGUAGCUGUUGAGGAGCCUUUUUUAAAACUAACUCCACCAGUGAGGCAAAAAGUAAGUCAGGUUGAAAGUGAUGACGCUUCAGUGGUUUCCAUAACCCAAAAAAUGGAGGAGACACUGGUGAAACCCACCCCUCCAACAAGAAAAAGAGACAGCAGAAUUGUGACCGACCAAGUGUCUGACAGCAGUGAUUUGGACAAAACACAGACAAAAGAGAAAGUUGUUGAGGAAUCUCUUGAAAAAACAACUCCAGCAGUGAGACGAAAAUCAAGCUCAGAUGAAAGUGACUUCAUCAUUCCACUGGUCUCCCAAGGAAGCGAGGAUUUACUGGUGAAACCCACACCUCCAUCAAGGAGGAAAGAUAGCAGAAGUAUGAGAGAUACUCUGUCUAAAGAAAUGGCCAGCCAAGAGAAGGCAGUGAUGCAAGACAUUCCUGAGGAUCUUCUUGUAAAACCAACUUCACCUGUAAGACGAAAAGGAAGUCAGCUAAGCCAAAUCCAAGAAAUGGAGGAUACACUGAUGAAACCGACCCCUCCGUCAAGAAGGAGAGCUAGUAGAAACUUUAGUGAUGAAGCAUACAAAGAAAUGGCUUGGAAUAUUUCCAGCAGCACUGAUUUGGAGAAGACACUGACACAAGAGAAAGCUCUUGAGGAGCCACUCAUUAAACCGACUCCACCAGUGAGACGGAAAGUUUCGAGUCAAAUUGAAAGUGACGCUGUUUCAGUGCUCUCCAAAAUCCAAGAAGUUGGGGAGAUUGUAGUGAAACCAACACCUCCAGCAAGAAGGAGAGAUAGCAGAAAUAUGAGUGAUAUAGUAGCCAUCAGAAGUUCCAGCAGCACUGAUUUGGAUAAGACAGUGACACAGGAAAAAUCUCUUGAAGAGCUUCUUCUAAAACCAACUCCACCAGUGAGACGAAAAGCCCAAGAAAUAGAGGCUACGUUGUUGAAACCCACACCACCAAUAAGAAGGAGAAAUAGUGGAAAUAUGACCGACAUAGCGGCCAGUAGAAUUUAUGGCAGCUGUGAUUUAGUGACACCAGAAAGAGUCACUGGUGAGGAUCUUGUAAAACCAACUCCACCAUUUAGACGAAAAGCUUUGAGUCGAACCGAAAGCGACAUUUCCAUUGUUGAUAAAACCAAAGAAACAGAGGAGACUUUAGUGAAACCCACACCUCCAUCAAGAAGGAGAGAUAGCAAAAAUGUGAGUGACAUAGCAGCCAUGGAUCUGGAGAACUCAGUAACACCAGAGAAACCUCUUGAGGUGUUUAUAAUUAAACCAGCUCCACCGGUGAGACAGAAAAUGACUCCAGCUGAAAGUGAUCUGUCCAUGGUUUCUAAGACCCAGGAAAUGGAGGAGACUUUGUUAAAACCCACACCUCCAACAAGGAGGAGCGAGAGCACAAACAUGAGUGACACGGUGGCUGGCAAAAUUUCUACCAGCUUCUCUUUGGAGAAGGUUCCCGAAGAGCUAGUCAUUAAACCAACUCCAUCAGUGAGCAAAGCAGUUGAAGUUGAAAGUGAUGGUAUUUCAGAGGUUUCCAAACCCCAAGAGAUAGAUGAGACACUGGUGAAACUUACACCACCAGCAAGAAGGAGAGAAAGCAAAAAUGACCUAAUGGCCACUGAAGUUUCUGCCAGCAGUGAUUUGGAGAACCUGGAGACACAAGCCAGAGCUGAAAAAACAUCUCCACCAGAGGAAACACUAGUGAAACCCACACCUCUGACAGACAGCAAAGAUAGCAGAACCAUGGAUGAAAUCGUACCUAAAGAAGCAGAAUUUUCAAGUAGCGCUGAUUUGGACAAGACCAUUGCAGAAGAGAGAUCUGAUGUGAAGGGUCUUGUAAUACUGACUCCUCCAGUAGAACAAGCUGAAAGUGACAUGCAUAUCAUUGAUAAAACCCAAGAAUUGGAGGAGAAACUGGAAAACACAACUCCUACAACAACUCCUUAUAUAGAUAGCAAAACUGUGGAUGAAACUGAACCUAAACAAACAGAGAGUGAAAUUUCCAGCAGCAAUGAUUUGGACAAGACUGUGAGACCAGAGAGUGCUGAUGAAGAGGUGAAUCUUAAACAGACUCCUCUAGAGGAACAAGAAACAAAUCAAGCUGAAAGUGACAUUAUUGAUAAAACCCAAGAAAUGGAGGAGCAACUGGAAAAAUCCACAACUCCUACAAAAAUGAGAGAUAGCAGAAAUGUGGAUGAAACUGAAGCUAAACAAAUGGAGUGUAGCAGCAUUGAUCUGGAUGAAACUGUGAGACAAGAGAGUGAAGAAGAGGAGGAUCUUGUAAAAAUCACUCCACCAGUGGGACAAGCAGCAAGCCAAGCUGAAAGCAACAUUUCUUCAGUGGUUUCCAAACCCCAGGUGCCUGAGGAGACGCUAGUAAGACCCACACCUACAAAAAGGACAGAUAGCAAAAUUGAUUCAGUUACUGAAAUGUCUCACCCUGAGGUACAGGAGUGCAUGAUUGAACCAUAUCUAAGAGAAGAAGAUAACAAAGUAGAGCAUGGAAAUAUCAAAGUAUCACCUGAAGAAGCUCUGCCUGAACCAAUCACACCAAUAGGCCAAGAGAAGAAUACAGUUCCAACUGACCUCAAUACAAUUCCACUUCAUGAAGAAGAGCCAUCGAUCCAACCAAUCCCAACAACCAGAGACACUGAAAAAAGUGUUGAGAUCCAGCCGCUGAUUAAACAAGAAGACGAGCAGCCUGAGAAGGAGCUCUGCAAUGCUCUGGGCAUGGAACGUACAGAGGGCUUGACUGAGACUGAACGCAGCAGUACGGUUCAGGCACAAGUAAAAGAUGCAGACAAAUCAGAAAUCAGCACUCAGGAUGCCUCAGUUGUGAAAAGUAUUGACGUGCCAGAGGUGUUAGAACAAGAAGAAGAAGAAGAGGAAGAACCACUCGGUGCUACGAUGAAUAAUAUUUUUGCUGAGAUUGAAAAGAUGUCUAAGACAAGACCCAGUAGCCUGCUAAUUGAGAGCAGGCCAUAUUACGAUCCUUUGGACAUUCUCAAUACCUCUGAUGCUGACCUUGAGGCCCAGUUGAACAGAUUGGUCUUCUGCAUACUGAGUUGUCGUAACAGCCCUGCAGUGCUCAACCCUACAGAUAUGGCCAAACAAGUCGAAGAGGCUGAGUUUUGCAGACAGAGAGCUCAGAAACAAGUUUCCUCAAUCUCCAAGCAAGAUCACGUUAACGGUGAGGUUAGCACUCUCGCCACCGGAUCAGUCAACGACCCUGAGGCUAUUCAGCGACUGAGUUGCCAGUGGACAGAGGCAUUGUGGGAUGCAUCUGGCACUGUGCACACCAAGGAGGCCCAGUUGCAGCUGGUGAUUGAUUAUGACAGACAAUUGCAGAAAGCCAGGGCUACUCUUGAGAAAAUGGUGGGUGAACUGGAGUCCCUGAAAAUGUGUCCAGUCGAAAGCAGCUUUGUUGAGGAGCAGAGACUGCGCUCGUUUCUUAGGUCUAUGGAACAGGAGAGGACAGUUCUUGGAGAGCUGAUCCAGACACAUUCCCAGCUAUCACCCCACCUCAGCCAGCCAGAGAGAGCGGCAGCACUGUCGCAACAGAACAUCUUGCAGUGCGAAUGGAAGGCACUGGAGAGAUCUGCUGAGAAAAGCUUGCAUAAUGUCAGCACAUACACCAAAGAGAGUUUUGAUCUUCUAGAGGAUAUCAAUACCUUAAAAGAACAUUUGAAGAUCUUGGGAUCACGUUGGAUUUCAUCUGCUGGUUGGGAUAGCAAGAGAGCGCAAGAAAUGAUUGGACUCAGUGCUGAGCUCACAGCUGCCAAACAAAGGUAUUUUGACCUCCAUCAAAGCUUUGAAGCUCUCUCCCAAGGCUGUAAUUUCAAAAUUGAGGCAUGUAACAUACAGCAGGGCUUAUGGUGUGUCAAAGAUCACAUAGAUCUGAUUGGUGAGGAGUUGGAUUAUUCACUGCCAACCAGCAACAACCCGACCAUGGUCAAAAUCAUCAAAAUGAUAACAGAAGCCCUAGCUUGGGCCAAGAAGACAGAGUAUGACAUUGAGAACAGGCAAAGGAAGGUUUCUCUGCUUCCAGAAGAAGUCCAUCGGCAAAUCAAGGACCUGAAGAAGCUGCAUUCAGAGGUGAUGUCUAAGCAGAUACAGUUAACCACUCUGACCAAGGAGGUAACCGAGAUGAUCCCAGAUCUUGACGAACUCGAUGUUCCUGUGGUCACUUCCUUUUUGGAGUUAUUGGCAAGUUUGUCAAAAUCUACAGCAGAAAGACUAGCUACUGCUAUGGAAGAAAUACAGUUAAGUCUUCAGACCCGGGAGAAGAUUUCCGAACAGAUAGCUGAAGUGGAUUCCUGGAUUCUGUCCCACCUCCACAAGGAAUCUCUAAGUAGAGAGGAUUUCCAAAGCUUGAGUGCAGCAGAUCUCGAUCGGAGGUUACGGCAGAGUCAGGAUACGCUCCUUGAGGCAGAGAAACACUCAGGGAUUGCAGAAGCUUUGCAGAUGAAGAGUAAAGACAUUAUCUCUGAGCUUAGCAUCUCUGAAAACACAUGGCUGUAUGAGAAACUCACCAAGCUCCAGGAAGAUAUAAAGGGCAUCAUCAGUUAUGAGAAAUCCUCCAUCCUGGAGAUAACAGAUAUAUUACAAAACCAGGAGUUGUCAGAACAGAAAAUGGCUUUGUUAGAGCAGAAACUGAGACAGAUAGCAAUAGACAUGAAAGGGCACACAUUUCCCAUUACUAAGGAGUCUCUGUCUGCCAUUGAGCCUUUCAAACGCAUACUUGUAGAGCACAAGUUUCAGGUUGAACAAAUAAACACCUCUGCAGAAGGCAAGAGGAGAGAGCUGCUGUGUUUAAUCUCUGAGCUUCAUCAAAAAAUUAGGGCUUUUCAUAUUAAAUCUCAAAUCCAUGAAAGGUUCCUCGGCCUUAAGCAACGUGUAGAGGAUCUUCGGGAAAACAUAGAAAUUUUUGUCCCUAAAACCAACGAUGAAAGCAUUUCCAAAGAGGAACGCUAUAAGAUCUGUCAGUCUCUUCUUACUCAGAUUCCAUUAAUUAAGCUUAUGUACAAGGAGACUUCAGAUGAACUUACAAACAUCUCACAGGACCUGUAUCCAUCUCAGCUAACCACCGAACAAGAGAGACUCAAACAAAACCUUGAUAGUCUUAACACCUGGGAGACGGCUAUACGAAACAACCUUCAGAUUGUGGAAUGGGACAUUCUGAAAGAAAUACAUUAUCUCUCAGAGCAAAGAGUGGUACACGGUUUCCUCAGAGAGGUUAAUCAGGUGCUUGAGAAGACUUAUGAAGUGGAGUCUAACCAGGGAACUGUGGAAAACGAACUCAGAAAGUUUCUUAAACUCCAGAAGAACAUUGAAGCUAGAAUGCGGGUUCUGGAGGUUUUGGAAAUCAAAAAUGGACACCAGCAGGGAUCUCGUAGUUCUAGAAGCAUUGCAGACUUGGCCAAAAGUGUCCUAGGUAACUGUGAGCAAAGAUUGAUGGACCUGCUCAAAGCCAAGGAGUCAUUAAAAAACUAUUUGAGAGGGGUCAGAAGUGCCGGCCAUUUCCUCCAGAGGACCGAAUCCGUUCUCCUCCCGUCUCUGUGCUCACCAAGGAGCUGUUCAGAAAGGCUGAAAGACGUUCAGCAAGCCCUGUUGUCUUUAGACAAAGAAUUCCAAUCCCAUCUCUCUGAAAUUCAGACUCUUGCUCCCUUCAGUCCAUUAUUUUCAGCACAGAAGGUCGAACGUUUCCAAGUUGAGAUUCUAGGUUGGCUCUUGGUUCGGAUGUCCACUCUUAAAGCCCAGGCCCAACUGAGACAAGAAGCUUUAGAGAGGUGUGUUAACAGCCAGAGAAGCACCCGUGUGUUAUACGAAGAGCUGUGUCGACGUGUCCGGGAUUCAGAAACGACCCUAGCGGAAUGCGCCUCUAAAAAAUUCACGUCUGAGGUGGACUGCCUUGACCAGCAAGAGAAGCUGAAAACACUUGUUAAAGAUGUGGAAACUCUGUCUGGAAAACUGGAGGAGCUGAGAGAGUGGUGUCCAGUGCAGGGUUGCCGUAGCAACAGGGACGAUGCCGUGUACUCCCUCUGGGGUCAGGUGGCCAGACUAUGUCAGUGCGCCGGAGAUCUGCUUGCACACUCGGAGUGGAGGGGAGAGGAAUGGACACGCAUCACAAUGAGUAUGGAGAAAGCGUCGUCUGUUCUGGAACAGAUAGAGGCAGAGUUCCCAGAAUUCAGCAAAGAGAAAGCUACCUCUGAGGAGCUUCGGGAGCUGCUGCAAUUUUGGUCCCCGUACCAGGACAGACUGGACUGCGAGCGUCGAGCUCUAUCUGCCCUGGAACUGCGUGUUGCUAGGCUACUUAGAGUCCCCUCCCACUUGGAACAAGCCCCGCCCAUUCCCCUUUGUCAGGAGCUGCAAACCAUGCAAGAGCGCUAUCACAGUCUAAAGUCCCGGAGUGAUCAGGGUUGUAAGACGGUGCAGGCGGAGACGGAGGAGAGGACCAAGGUGUGUGAGGAGCUGCGAGGGAUCAGGGAAUGGCUCGCAUCUGCAGGGACUGUGUUGUCAGAGCUGGAGCGAGUGUCUAACACUGAACGGCUGCAGGAGCUUUACUCUGAGCUGUGUACCCAGAGAGCAGUGCUGCAGCACAUCAUGGAGGGCAUUAGGAUGAAAUAUUCAGAUAUGUAUACUCUGGUUCCCGUGGAGAUCGACGGCCCUCUACAGGAAGUCUCUCACUCGCUGCAGGAAGUGGGGAAGCAGGUGGAGGUGGCUGUGUUAAAGAGUGGCCCGUUACACAGGCUAGACGCUAAACUCUCAGAGAUUAACACAGGCCUGGAUGCCGUACGCAGCAGGCUGAAGAAGAAGUGUCAGAAUGUUGUUGAAGCUGAGAGCGCACAGAAGCGUGUGUGGGACGAGUUGGACGGCUUACACUCGCGUCUCUCUGCGGUGGAGCUGGAGCUCCAGGACCUGGGUGAGGAGAAAUCGGAGGAGACACAGGCCCUUACGGAGAAACUGUCUCAGACACAACAACUGCACACGCUCCUUUCCAAACAAGCCGAGGACAGAACAGCCUUCCUGAACAAGAUACAUAGUUGGAUUCAGGAGCAUGAGGAGAUGGUGAAAGGAUCUCAGAGCUGGAUUACUGAAUCCCAGUCUUGGUUAACUGCACCGUAUACCUACACUACUGCAAAAUGUCUGGACAGCCAUGUUAACACUCUUCAGAUGGUUCUUGACGACUCGGCGCAGAUUCGCCGGACUUUACAGGGGUUUGAGAGUGUGUUGAUGGAGAUGGCAAGUGUGUGUGAUGUAAGCGGGCUUCAGCAGGAGCUCCGUGAAGCAGACCGGGCCGUAGCGGACAUGCAGAACAGCCUGCUGGAGCCUCUGAAAACAUUAGAGCACGCUGCAGCUGAAGUGGACGCCAUGGAGUCUGAGCUAACCAUCAUGCAGAAGGACGUGACUGAGCUCAGAUUAGCGCUCACCUCAAAGCAAGGCAUCAGCCAGGACAAGUUCAGGGCUGCUGAAAACAGGAUCGAUCUGAUGAAGAGGACGGUAGAGGAACUGAAGAGCUGCAAGACCGGACUGUGUUUACCAGGAGGAGCAGAAAACACACUCACUGUCUUCAGGAGUGCCGACUUACUGCUGAAUAAACUGCUGGAGCUAGAGCAGCUGGCGCUGGAGCACACUGUCGUGGUCUCAGAGCCGUGUGAGAUGUCCUCCAUGCUCCGUGUUCCUCCCACCAUCAAAGAAGAAGAACCUCAGGAGAGUGUUGUGGAGCAGGGGCAGGUAGAGAUCGUGCACGUGACCGAGGACGUGUUGAUGCGAUCUGGAGCUGUACUGAUGACCGUAAAGGAAAUGACACUCGAGAAGAGACUUGAAUCAUCAACUCAGACACAGCAGCUAGGGCAUGAGGAAGCUGAGGAGGAGGACCAGGAAUUAUUUGUGGACGUAAGAGAACACAUUGAUGAUGAUGAUGAUGAUGGGUGCUAUGAAGAUGCAAGAGAAGAACAUGCAGGGAUGAGAGGAUCUCCUCACGCUGCAGCCUGUGAGAGCGUGCUGAGUUGUAUCACCGAGGACACAGAGAGUGGAGGACUGACCGCUUUGGCUGGCUCAGCAGAGCGUGAUACGAAAGAAUCAGACACAGAGGCAGGUGAAGGCGAGCACGUCGCCUCAGAGACAAGCGAAGCCGCGUCGGAACCUGCAGCCACUGCGAGAGCCCAACCUCCCCCCGGAGAGCCGGAGCGUGGUACGUGGAAGGGGAUGCAAAUCCAGUCAGAGAGGCUGAAGACACACACCAGCAGCACACCAUCCAUGUUUAGAGAGGUCACACACACUCAUGUAGAAACCUCAGACUCUCAGGAAACUCUAAGCCCACUCCAGGUCAGGAGCAGUUCAGCCCAGGAGGAGGCGUUAAGGCCAGAGGAGUUAACGUCUCUGCUCCCGGGCUCAAGAGAUACGCAGAGUGUUAAAAAGUCAGAUCAGGGGCCACACACACCCGUCCAGCCAUUAGAGCCGACAUUCACACACCCCCACGAGAGGACAGCGGACAGCCUGGCCGCAGGUGAAUCCUGCUACUUGGGUAAAACUCCUUCUCCGGUCGGAUCUCUGCAUUCCUGCCAUGAGCGAGCGGCUCAGAUGGAGCUCUGGCUGGAAAAGGCCCAGCUGAGUCUGCACAGCGACAUGCAGCAGAGUGUCGAGGAACAGCUGCAAACCUGCCAGGAGAUGUUUAUGGAGAUUGAGCAGAAAGUGUCUGCACCAGGUCAUGAUGAAGAGGAGCAGAAAGCUCUCAGCACCAAACUGCAGCUCCUGAAGAACAAGCUGGUGACCUUUCAGCUCCUGCUGCAGGAGAAACACAGCGAGGAGAAGGUGUGUGCUGAGAGAGAGCGCCCCCUGCAGCCUCGACUAAAGCGCAGCGCCAGUGUGCAGGAGAUGCUGAGCACACGGAGGAACAAACUCUUCAGACAGUGCAGCCUGCAACAGCAGAGGGAGUUAGAGCAGGGUCUAACUGAGCAAAGAGAUCUUCUGAAGGUCAUUGCAGCACGGGGAAGCAGAGUCAGACUGCAGAGUCAAACUGCAGAGGAACAAACAAGGGUCCUUGUACCUGCUGCUGAGUUGGAGGAGCAGAGACAGGAAGGGGCGGACUCAGUGCAGAGGAAGUGGAAUCACCUCCACAGGAGACUCUGCCAGAGAGCAGAAGACCAGCAGGAAGAGGAGAUAUCUCCUCCCCUUGUGUGUGUGUGGAGCAGUGCUGAUGGAGCUGUGUGUCUACAGGAACUCCAGUCACACAUCACACACCUGCGAGAGAUGGAGCACACAGUACCUGUACCUGACAUGCAGGUGGUGGAUGAGGGUCUGUUUGAGGUGCUGAGUGGAAUCACACUCGCUCUCUCCUUUCUCUCUCACACACUCAUCUCUCAGCGAGGAGCCACACACACUGACACACAGACCCAGCUGCUGCAGCUGCAGAGUUUCUCUUCAGAGCUCAGCUCUCUGAAUGCUGAGUUAUCCUCUCAGGGGUCAGAGGUCAUCAGGUUGCUAGGCUCUGUGGCUCCUGUGGCCAGUGUGUGCGUGGAUUUGCUGCAGGACCGAGUGUGUGAGCUCCAGAACGAUCUCUCGGAGAAACAGAAGCAUCUACAGAAACAGCUGGAUCUCGCUCUGCAGGAAAAGAGCAGGAUUAAACACACGCAUGUUGCCCUGCUUGCUAACACCUCGACCCUGAAAACACUGACUAACGCUGAAUCCAGCUGUGAUGCUCAUGCACAGCUGCAGGCUGUUGCUGGGUUACAGCAGGAGCUUCAGCAGCAUGAGAGAGAGCUGUCCGAGAUGAGAGAGGAGUCCGAGGGACAGGGAAGAGUGACCGGGUUAACGCUGGACAUCACCACGCUGGAGAGUGUGUUGGACAGUGUGUACAGUGGUGUGUGUCAGCAUGCUGUUGAUCUGCAGUGCAGUGUGGAGCAGCAGCAGCAGUGUGAGCGUGUACUGAAAGGCUUGAAGGAUCUGCUGGAGCUCGGUGAACAGAGACUCUCAUACACCUCAGACCUGGAGCCACACACCAAGGAACAGCUACACACACUCCUCAGCACACACACGAAGUUCUUCCUGUCUCUGGACUCUCACAUGCAAGCUCUGCAGCGUCUGACUGCCCCGAUGCCCCGUGACGUCCGCUAUAAAUGGGACACGGAGGUGGCAGAGGUAGAGGGUCAGGUGGAUAAGCUUCAGGGUCAGGCUCGGAGGACUGGAGCUGCUCUGCAGGUGACACUUCAGGUGUGGACUCAGUGGGAGGAGAGUCAGUCCUGGUUGGAGAAACUGCUCCAAGGUCUGGAGCUUCAGCUUCCCAGGAUACUCUCUGAGGAGCAAACAGAGGAGGUGCUACAGAGGAGACUCUCUACUUACGAAACCUUGCAGGCGACUCUGGAGACGAACGCUGCUCAGAUCGGUCUGGUUUUAGAUCAGGCCAGCAGACUGAGGAAAGUGGGCGUGUCCGGUCUCCAGAUGAAUGGUCUGGUGUGUAGAGUGGGUGUGGCUAGUCUGAGGAUGAAACAGCGUUUAGCCGCUCUGCGAAGGAAAAUGGAAAAGGGACGAGUCUCCACACACCACCUGAUAAAACUCUGGAAGAGGUAUCACUGUGACUCCACAGCGAUGAUGGAGUGGAUGAACAAAGCCAGAGAAUGUCUGAAAAGCUGGAAAGGUCAAAUGACCUCCUCUGGACAGGCCAUCUCCAACUUUACUGAGUUUAUAGUUCUGUGCAAAGAGUUGGAGGUAAAGUCAGCGCUGAAGGCUUCAGUGGUCAGCGCAGGCACCGAGAUCCAGCAGAUGAACGAGAGAGAAGACGCAAACACACACUCACAAUCGUCCGGAUUCACUCGUUACAACUCACAAUCAGAAGCCACCUGCAGAGGUAUAUAUUCCACUAAAGACGAGUCCAUUGCCAAAGAAGGUUCUUCAAACGAUGAAGCUCUCACUUCACCCAAAAUCACACACUCAGGUGAGAGUCAUGGAGGAGAUGCUCAUCUCCAGGAUUCACCGUUUAAACCUAGCAGCUCCUCUGAUGUUCCUCUGGGUGGAAAAGCUUCCAAAAAGAUGUCAGAAAAUGCCACGGUCAACGGCAGCACCGGCGUGGUCCAGGUGAUGGAGCUGUCUCCUGUCCUGCUGUCUCUGAAGGAUCACCUGACUGAGGUGGAGCGUAGUUGGGUGGAGCUGCAUGCCGACUUCACUGCAGUACAACAUAAACUACAUCAGCAUGUGGUUGAGAGUGUGUGUCCUCAGUCCCUGCUGUCAGAGGUGUGUAACUGGAUCAGUGGAGCUGAAGGAUGCCUGCAGGACGCAGAGAAAAACGUUCAGUCAUGGAAAACAGCAGUGCAGCUCAGACGGCACCUCGAAACACACAAGGAGCUGAAACGAGCACAAGCAUGUGUGCAGAUGUCGGUGGACUUCCUGAACCAGACGCUGCUGAAACACACUGAGCCGAACCUCAGAUACAAACACACAGCUUUCGCCGAACAGCUCGGGGAACUGAACCUGCGCUGGACCACACUGGAAACACACAUCUACACACAGAUGCAACACCUUGAGCAGCAGCUGAGCAUCUGUUCAGACCGCGACAGCAAACUGCGCCUCCUGCAUGCCUGGGUCAAAGGUCGCAGGGCGUGGAUGCGACUGGCUGAGAGGCCUGUCAGUCACAGUGCAGCAGAAGAGCACCUGAAAGACUGCGAGGAACUGGAGGAGGAGAUAAAAGAUAAGAAUGCAAAGCUGGACAAGUUGAAGAAGAGGAGUCUGAGCGAUGAUGAAGAACACGCAGAGGCAGGCUUCAUCGGUCACAUCAACACCAUCUCACAGGCAUUAACUGCUUUAAACGAACAGAACUGCUCUCUGAAACAAACCCUGCAGCUGGCAUGCGAGGCCUGGUCUGCAUUCGAAAGUGGGCGGAGUCGCAUCGCUCAGAGCGCCCUGGGAAUAUGUCAGUCUCUUGAGCAUUGCCACACCCCUCACACCUCCUUCACAGCGCUCCAGAAGAGCAUCCAUCAGCUACAGACAUUGCAAGCCGAAGCUGGGGAAACUGACAAAACGUGGGAGGAGCUUAACCACACCUUCUCCAGUCUGAUUGGUUGGAUUCAUACAGGAACCUCACACUUAUUGUCUGAAGAGCUGGAGAAGGAGAGAUCACGAUGGUCUGAGGUCAAGCAAGAUCUUACACACACCUCGAUGAGGUUACAGACACUGCUGCAGGCGUGGAAAGAGUACUCGGAUUUGUCGUCUUCCUGCUCGGAGAAGCUACAGCAGCAGAAGGAGCGACUCCGGGACGUCUCAGAGAUAGUGUCCAGGCACGACGACGACACGGACACGCUCGCAACCUGUACACAGUGUUUACACGACCUGCUGGAGAACGCACACUCCUUCCAGACAGACUUGGACCGAGCGAUCGAGGCCUCGAAAGCGCUGACUGGACAGAUGGAGCCAACGGCCGCUGCCUUCAUCCAUUCAGAGUGUCGGAUGCUGACACGUGGGCUUCAUCAGUUCCAACAAGCUGUGAAGGAGAAGCUGGGAGAGAUGCAGGAGGAUGCCAGGCAGCUUCAGGAGUUCGAGCAGCUACUUGAAUCACUAGAGAUGCACUUGAAGGAGUGGACAAGCAGCCAAAGACACAUAGAUGCUCAAGAAACAGACGUAUCAAAGAGUGAUCUGUUGGAGUUGAGCAGUCGCUCAGCCGACAUGGAGAUGCUGCAUGAGCUCAGUUACCGACUGACCCUGAGUGACCUCAUGACCCGGAGAAUACAGAGUCUGAACAGGAAGUGGGCUCAGGUGUCUGCCCAUGCUCAGGAGAAAUGCAGUGAGCUGCAGGCCGUAUCUCUCCAGCAGCAAGUGUUUGAGGAGAGGUGUGAGACAUGGAUGUCGUUCCUGCAGAGGAUGGAGGACAGUCUAGCGGGAGAGAUCGCAUCCACUUACCCCGGUCUCAGAGAGCAGCUACGCACACACCAGAGGUUCCAGGCCGAACUGUCUCUUGGUCAUCAGAUUCUACACUCAGUGGUCACAGAGGCUCUGCAUCUCCUACAGAGGGGGGAGGUGGAGGACAGGAGUGAUUUCCUGUUGAAGCUGGCUCAGCUCAGAGAGCACUGGCAGGGUGCUGUACAGAGAGCAGCUCAGCGGCGCUCCCUGGUGGAUGGGCUGAUACGCAACUGGCACCUUUACACACACACACUGGGCAAACUCAACACGCUGCUCACACUCACACACACACUGCUGCCUCCAGCUGGCCUCACACACUGCAGCAUGACACAGCUACGCCACCUUCACAAACAGCUCCAGCGUACAGAGCUUCUCUUCCAGAGGUCCCUCUCCUCGUACCUGCUCUUGUUGGACGUGGGUCGUCAGCUCUUCUCCAUGAGCGAUGAGGAGACACAGACACGGUUACAGACAGAGCUCGCUGCCCUGCAGGAGGACUGGGAACGUUCCCGGUGCAUGCUGGGAAAGAGGAAGACUCUCACUGCUGACAUCAUCAAGACGUGGGAGAGCUGUACGAGACGGCUAGCCGAUCUGGCACAGUGUCUGGAGGAGCUUAAGAUCAGACUGAAAAAGCAGCCAAUCCAGGAGAUGGAAGAGGAACUGAUUAAGGAGUUGCAGGACUCCCUGGAGGACUGGGCCGUGAGUCUGUGUGAAGUGAGCAGCAUGAAGACGGAUGUGUCUCAGUACAUCAUCACCGAGGACGUGUUGAUGCUGCAGGAGCAAGAGGACCAUCUGCAUGGUCAGUGGGAGGAACUGUGCCUUAAGGUGUCGUUGCGUAAACAGGAGAUUGCUGAUCGGCUAAAUGCUUGGAUCAUCUUCAAUGAGAAGAACCGGGAGCUGUGUGAGUGGCUCACGCAGAUGGAGAAUAAGAUGACGCACAGCGCUGAGCUCAGCAUCGAGGAGAUGGUGGAGAAGCUGAAGAAGGACUGCAUGGAGGAGAUCAACCUGUUCAGUGAGAACAAGACUCACCUGAAGCAGCUGGGAGAGCAGCUCAUCACGGCCACCAACAAGACCAAGGAGAGCGAGAUCAGUGACAAGAUCAAGGGCAUCAACGAGCGCUGGCAGCAUCUAUUCAACCACAUCCAGGCCAGGGUGAGGAAGCUGAAGGAGACUCUGGUGAUGGUGCAGCAGCUGGAUAAGAACAUGAGCAACCUGCGCACAUGGCUCUCACACAUCGAGAAAGAACUGACCAAACCUAUCGUGUUCAGUGUGUGUCACGGCGACGAAAUCCAGUGCAAACUUGCCGAACAACAGGAGCUGCAGAAGGACAUCGAGCAGCACACAGAGGGCGUGGCGUCGGUGCUCACGCUGUGUGACAUGUUACUGCACGACGCCGACGCCUGCAGCAGCGAUGUCGAGAACGACUCCAUCCAACAGACAACACACAGCCUUGACCGCCGCUGGAGAAACAUCUGCGCCUUGUCCAUGGAGAGGAGAAUGAGGAUCGAGGAGACAUGGCGUCUCUGGUGUAAAUUUCUGGAUGAUUACUCACGUUUUGAGGACUGGUUGAGCUCGGCCGAGCGCACAGCGGCCAACCCAGCCAGCACUGACGUUCUCUACACAUGCGCCAAGGAGGAGCUCAAAAAGUUUGAGGCGUUCCAGCGGCAGGUCCACGAGCGCCUGACCCAGCUGGAGCUAGUGAAUAAACAGUACCGCCGCCUGGCCCGCGAGAACCGCACAGACACCGCCUGCAAACUGAAGACCAUGGUGAAUGAAGGGAACCGGCGCUGGGACGAGCUGCACAGGAGAGUCGGCUCCAUCAUCCGCAGGCUCAAGCACUUCACGUCUCAGAGGGAGGAGUUUGAGGGAACGAGAGACACCGUUCUGAUGUGGCUCACCGAGAUGGACCUGCAGCUCACCAACGUGGAGCACUUCUCCGAAAGUGACGUCCACGACAAGAUGAGACAGCUGAAGGCGUUCCAGCAGGAGAUCACACUGAACACCAAUAAGAUCGAUUCUCUGAUCGUUUUCGGAGAGAAGCUGAUCCAGAAGAGCUCCCCGCUGGACGCCGUGCUGAUCGAGGACGAGCUGGAGGAGCUGCACUCUUACUGCCAGGAGGUGUUCAGCAGAGUGGCGCGCUUCCACCAUCGCCUGGUCAACACGCGGCCGGUCGUAGACGACGAGCGUGAUUUCUCAGACAGAGACCCGGAUAUGGACAUGGAGGAGCUGUCCGGUGUGUGGGAGAGAGACGUGGACAUGGAGGCGGUUUCGGUCCCGCCCUCUGCGUGUCUCCUCCUCCCUCCUUCGCUAGAGCCGUCUGGCCGAGAGACGCCAGUCAGCGUGGACUCGAUACCGCUCGAGUGGGACCACACGGUGGACGUGGGCGGGUCUUCGUCACCAGAGGAUGAAGACGAGGCCACGUACUACAGCGCACACUCAGAUGUAGAGGUCACUGAGAGCUCUGAGUCCUUCAUUAACACUGCAGCUCGAGCUCUGAGUGCUGCAUCUGUGACCGAGCCCAGCUGGCAGGACAGGAAACGCAUCAUCCACAGCCUGCCCUGCAGCCCGACACACACUGGUGCUUCUUACCAUCCUGUGGGAUACGCGAAGCUGAUGUCCGAGUGCACCGAGAGCAUAGAUAACGUGAAGCGAGUGAAACACAUCCUGAAUGAUGACGUGGCGUCGGAGCAUCAGGGUCUGACCAUACUGUCACCUGCAGACAAACAGACAGGAGUCAUUGAGAGAUGGGAGCUUCUCCAGGCUCGAACACAGGCUAAUGAUGAGGAAGAUCUUGGUGCUCAGGAAGAUCAUGCCAAGUUGACCUCUGACCUUGAAGAGGUCCAAUCAUGGUUGGACUGCGUGCUUCCAGAACUGGAGAGGCUUCAGAGAGGGAAGGAGCACCCAAGCAUUAGAGACAUGGAGAACAGCAUCUGUAAGCUCAAGGAGAGCCAGAGGAUGUUCGGUGGCUACAAGGCUCUGAUGAUCGGUGUGAAUCUAAGUGGGCGGCGCCUCCUGCGAGGUGAAGGUGCAGAAGUGCGACAGCUGAAGGCGGAACUGCAGGCAGCCAAUCAGAAAUGGACACAGGCCUGUGCUGCUCUUGAUGCCUGGGAGAACCAGCUACACCUUGAGCUCUUGCAGUGUCAGGAGUUCCACGAGACUCUGCACUCUCUGCUGCUGUGGCUGGCUCGAGCCGAGAGUCUGCGCUACAUGGUGAACAUUCAUGACCUGAACGUGGACGCUGACGUACUGCAGGAACACAGAGAUACACUCAAGGCAGUGCAGCGUGAGCUCCUGAGCCGGGAAGAGGAAGUGCAGUCGCUGCAGCAGAUCUCCUCCCACAUCCUCCACGUGGAGCAGGGUGAGGAGAGCAUGGAGGCCAAGGAGAAGGUGCACGUCGUUUACAACAAGCUCCGCCUCCUUCUCAGACAGAUCAGCCAUGACCUCAGCACACUGAAGUCCAGACUGAAAAGUGAAGGAUCAUCAGUAGACUGUGAGAAUGUGCAACACCUCGCGCUAAUGGACAAGAAGACCAGCGCUGUUGAGAGAAGACCUUCUGCAUGUGCUAAGGAUGUUUCCAGAGGCAGACCGUUCCUGUACCGGGUUCUGCGAGCUGCAUUUCCGCUUCAUCUCCUCUUCCUGCUGCUGCUGGUGUUGGCGUGCCUGGUGCCAGCGUCUGAAACGGAUUACAGCUGUGCCCUGUCCAACAACUUUGCCCGCUCUUUUUACCCCAUGCUGCGCUACACCAAUGGCCCGCCCCCUACCUGAGCAACAGAGCCUUGUGAUAUUUAUACCACUCAUAGUAACUAUCACAGUCAGUAUAAAAACAAUAAAUAAGUAAAUAAAAUAGAGUGUACAGAGCUUAGGUUUAAAUUAAGAAGAAUUAAUAUUUUUGGAAGGAAUCAUUAAAAAUAAAUACACAUUAUUGAUCAAAUCUUUUGGUGCACUACCUGUAAAAACACUGUCCUGGUGUCCCUCAGUAAGGAAGCCGUAGUCGCUAGCACUGAGCUUCGACUGCCACCAUUUUUAAUUCACCGUUACUGUGUUUUAAUCACAGAGAGACAAGAAAUGAAGGAAAUAUGGAGCGGCAAUUGACUUACCCUGCUAGUGUGAAGUGCAUCAACGGUUGUAAUAUGAUUAGCAUUUAAUGUUAACGUUUAGUUUUUUAGAAGACUGUAAUGCUACACGAAUAAUACUUGGAUACAGAAACCAGAACACAAAAAUCAACUGUAUAAACACGCACUUCGUUAGAAUUCUCCACUGCUGGACUGCUAAAACCGUCUACUUGUUAUGUAGUUAUUAAACAAGAAUUUAAAAAAAUAUAUUAUAUUUUAUUUAUUUCCCCCACCAACUGUCUGGCACCGAACAAAAAGCCAUAUAGUAGAGAUGCACUAAGAAGAAUAAGAGUGUGUACAGUGUUAAUUAUUUAUGGUGAUGAUGUAUAGUUUAAAGACAAUUUGUACUUCAUGAGAAAUAAAGCUGUUUGCCCAAAGUG